GUCUAAUUUAAGAGCUCGAAGUGAACAGAACAAAAAUGAGAAGCAAACAUAGUUUUAUAAGUAUAAUUUGGCUGGUGUUAAUGCUACAGUUGGUAACAGCACGCACUGUAUUGCAUCGCCGUACCGAGAUCGACGCUGAUGGCGAGAAGCACACGAAAACAUGGACAACGCACGAGGCAGAUGAGGAUUUCAGCUCCGCAGCGGGUGCUGCGGAUGACGGCUUUCAGACAUUCUCUCGCAAUGGCAUCACAUUACGCAUUAAACCUCAAGUGACAACAUUGCGCAUCGGUGGCAAGAAUGUUAGCCCCGAGCAGCUGCUAGAGCAGGCGAAGCAUUCGAAGGAGCUGGAGCUGCUCGCUGUGCGUCAACUAAUGAGCACAGGCCAACCUGUGAAGCGUACGAAUAUUGAGAAUGGGCGUAAGCAUACGAGCAUUUAUACGCUGGAACCGGAUGGCAGCAUUGUUUGCAAGAAGGUGGAAGAUAUCGAUUUGGCAGAUGUGGAACGUAGGUUCGAGGAAAUUAUAAAGCAGCAGCAAGCAAAGCAGAAUCCGAAUAAGCUUAGCGAUUGGGAGUGGGCAGAAGAUGAUAAACCAAGCGCGGAGACUCCAGUAUUGAGAGCGCCGCAGCAACCCACUCAAGCAAACAAACCAAACCAGCCAGCAGGAAGACCAGUUUGGGCAUCACCAUCUGCUGCCAGGCGUCCUACACCUGCAGCUGAUGAUAAUUUCGGCGGCGGCGGUGCGCCACUGUUCAAACACAAUACACAGCUACCAAACACAUGGCACAGUGAUUCGUGGGACAAGGAUGAUCCCUUCAGUCCGCCUGAAUUACCCGCUUUUGGGGCAUUCGAUGAUGAUUGGAAUUUCGAAGAUCCUCCGGUGCCUACCGAUGAAACAAACACCUUCACCAACACCCAUACCGACAAAGAUGGUAACACAGUGCACACCAGCUACACGACGGGACCGAACGAGUGGAAGCGCAAGACGGUAAAAAUUUCUUCAAACUUCCAACCCAAAGAAACGACAACACUACGCAGCUUGGAAGAGUUUCUCAAAUCACAAUAUAAUCCAAGCAAUGACGCGCCACCGCUGCUCCCAUCAUCAGCCGCAACAACGUCCACUACACCGCAACCUGUGAAGACUAUCAACAUCGAGGAUUUACAACCCGUUGCCGUGCUUAACAUAAACAAGCCUGCGGAUGAACAAUUCUUGCAUCCACUCGGACCAAAUGCUGGCGAACAGAAGCCCAUAAAAACGCUCAAGAUAGACAAUAUACCGCCCACUCCCGAUUUAGAUGAUCCACGCGUUGAACUUACCAAAGUGCGUACCCUCACCAAAACAUUCAACAGCAAUCACCCACCAUCAUCAGCUGAUUUAGAUCCCAACAUGUUGGAUAUAUUGAAGCGCGCUGGCAUCCGGCCUGAAGAUAUCAGCAACUCGAAUGGUCACACGAUAACAAAGACGCGCACGGAACCGGAUGGCCGCAUAGUGACGACAACAUAUCGCGUGCGUCCAACCUACGGUGUCAAUAGCUUUGAGCCGCUUACGCAUGUCAAACCUUACCACGUCUCGUCUUUCCGUGACAGUCCGUACGCCGCACAAAAUCCAAUCGAGAUACCUUCAUUUCUCGAUGCUCCCCAACUUAGUAAACACCAUAGCGCUAGCCAUUUUGGCGUCGAUUUCACGCCUUUUUCAGCUGUUCCAUUGGAUGAAAGCUCAACAACUACAACGACGCGUAAGUCGUUGGUACGUGAUCGCGAACCAUUGCACCCGGAACUUGAAGACGUAGAAGGAGCUGUCACAUUAAACCCAUUGCUAAUACAUCCAGUGGAUUCGGCUACCCCAGCUUCAGCUAGCGCACCAAAGAUCUGCGCUCCAAAGACAAGAACUGGAAAGAGCGCAAUUGUUGAGUUUUUAGCCAAAAUUGGCAUUUCAGUGGCGGAUUUAGAUGCACAAAAUGGUGAACUUAUUAAGACCAUAGUCGACGACGAUGGCCGCACGCUAACGGCUAGAUUUGUGUUAAGUGCGCCGGUGGCUUCUAAGUGUGAUAAGUAAUUACAUGCGUACAUAUGUGUGCUUGAUUUAAAAUUAAAAUGCUAUUAUUUGUGCAAAUAAACUGCUUUUUGUUUUGAAUGGAUUUUUUAGUUUGGAAA